UUGCUGUGUGCAGUGCAGGAGACCUCUGUGACCCGUGUUUUGUGUUGUGAUCGUGCGAAGCAGUGAUGGGCACCCUGAGCAAGUACUUUUACGAGGCAACUCGAGACAAAUCGUGCCGGGAUAUGCUACAUCCCGGUUAUACGUGCUACGAAGCGGGAAGAAUCUACAUCCGGCAGGGCAUUGUGGGUGCCAUGCGACACUACCUACCGGGAACGGUGACGGCGCUGCUUUUCCGAAUGAACCAGUGGGAUGAUCCGGCGGUGUGGAAGAAUUUUGUGACGCAGUAUGCUUGGUGUAUCAUUGCUGGGCUACCGAUGACGGGUGGUAGUUUCCACUUCUUUUGUGGAUUUUACAACCUGCUCGGCCGCUUCUCGGCACCGUUCUUCGUCUUCAUCCCAUCCUUCCUGGGUGCCUGUACAUGCAAGUACCUCCCUCGGCCGAUAGUCCACGCUCAAGGCAUCGGACUCUUCAACAUGUACAUCGAAUUCCUGAUCCGUCGACUGAGGGGAAAGACGACCGAAGUCCUUCGCGCAUCCAGACUCGCCGGGACACUUCUCUUCAGCAUGUUCAGCGCCGCCAUGCUACCGGCUCUCGAGUAUCUGCAAAUCAACCGCUUCUGGUUCGCCAGCAUCUACCGGAAACGCAACGACGACGACGGGACGCGGAACAAUCAACUAUGUUCGCAUCAUCCGAACAGAACCUGUUCGGAACACGUCACCAUGCAAGUCAAGAAAUCCUUCUACUUCGGACUGGCAGUAUGCUUGAUUAAAAACGCUCUACCCCGGAUCACCAUGGCAUUUAGAAACCCGGUCCAAUUCUUCCGGGUGAUCGCCACCCGCUUUGAUUACGGACUAAUCGGAUUUUUCACCUGCUACAAAGCGCUGUACGAGUUCUUCAACUGCUAUCUGAUUCGAAACAGCAAACUUGAUCCACUGGCUCGUGCUACCAUCACCGGAUUCAUCAGCGGCACUGCCUACUGCCUCUAUCCGAACUAUCUACUGUUCACUUACCCCAUAUCGGAGCUGAUCGAAGUGUACUGGUUGGUGUACAUGAAGUCCAACCUACCUAAACCCUGGAUAGCUAACGCCAUCGAUCGAUUGCCAACGGUUCUUUUCAUGUACGCCUUCAGCCUGGGCAUGAUGUACCACCUGAGGGUAGUCUACCCUUACCACACCAACCAGUACUGCCACAAACUGAUGAACAUAGGAACUACGGGACGUUCGGAAACGCUAGCACGCGGUUAUGCCGAGAUCAUGAUGGGUUACAGGGACUAGGAGUUCUGUUAAUCUUUUGUUCGUUUAUUGCGUUAAUAAAUCAAAUGUUGACUCUC